AUUUUUUCGUCGUCGGUGUGUACGUGUUUCGAGGUUGUGUGAGUACGCGCCUCCGCCACUCGUCUCCGUCGUCGCACAGCACAGCACAACACAACACUUGCUAGCUCGAUUGCUCGGUUGCUUGCUUGUCACGCGUUCGCUAGCGCACUUGAAGUUCAGUUGCACAGCGUGAGUGUUAGAGGGAGGAAGUGUACCUUGCAACCUUCUCCGGAGUCUGUUUGAGAUCGGUGUGGUUCUGUGGUUUGUCCGGUCGUCGGUUUUAUUGUCUCAGUGUGUAAUAGAAACCGGAGCGCGAAAAUCAUACAGAUCGUUCGCGCGGCGCCCGUCGUGUGUCACGUCAGUCCGAGUCAGUGAUCGGGGAGCACUUGCACAAAGUGGUUACGGUUUUACAAAAACAAACAGAUCCAACCAACACUGAACAACCCUAAAGCAGCACACGGUUAUCACAAUCCCAAGUGUACGAAAGUGGAAACUGUUUUCUCUCUAGCCUACCUUAGAAAAAAAUUUUAAAAAAAAAUCAAACCAGUGACAUUUGACAAUUGAGAAAGGCUCCAACCCUCGCCCUCCCUUUCGGAGAAGUGUCAGUUUGAUGUAAUUGUGCCCCGUUUGCCAAUUACUGUGAUAGUGUAUUUUUCCUGAAAAAAAAAGAGAAGAAAAACAACAACCUCAAAAGUGAAGUCAGUGCGUGAAAAGUAGCAGUUCAAAAUCAACCGACACGACGACCUACAGUAACAGCCGAGGCGGUUGAUUCUCUCCUUCGCGUUGAGUUUAUUCGAUUCCGUCCGUCCCUCGUUUUGGUGGAAAGCCCCCUGAAACGCCACCUAGUGCAACAACAAGAAAAAUGGAUUUCCGGCGAAAGCAUAAAUGAUCUCAAACCAAAUACAGAAAUAAGAAAACACAACCAUCUACCAACGCUAAGUCUAGAAAGCAAACUACUACCUCUUGAGAACGCGAAUCCCAGAAGCAUUCGUAUUACAAACUAAAACAAAAAAAAACAAAACUACAAAGAAACACGAGUUACUACCGAGUACCGGAAAUACCCACCCUCGCUUGCGACUUGUUUUAAACGGCAGAAGAAGAAGAAGAGAAAAAGUACCACCACCAAACAGCCACCUGAGCCCCUAGCCCAGUCUCGAUGUGUUGAAUGACGACGGCAACUGUCGCGGUCCAGCAGAGUGAGAAAUUGAGACGAUUUCCGGCCACCCAACAAGGCAGCAACGUGGCCGCCACCCUUAUAGCCGCCUACAGGAUGAAUGAGACGCAGCAGAUGCACACGACAGACACCAGCCAGCAGCAGCAUCAGCACCAGAGCAAUGCCGCCGGCAGCAACCUGAGCAUACACAACAACAACAACAAUAACAAUAACAACGGCAGCGGCAAAAACCGAAGCAGCAACAGCGGCGGCCUGGGCGAUGCCAAAAUGGACCAUCACCUGCAGCUAUUCCGGGAACGGGAACGAGAACGGGAGCUGCAUCAUCGGGAGCAGCGCCGCGGCGGCGGCGACCGGGACCUAGAAUCCUCUUCGUCCUCCUCGGUCAACCAACAGGGCAACCAGCAACACCAGAGCCAAUCGCAGCAGCAGCAAUCCGCAAUCCAUCCGCGGUCGUCCAUCGCGUCGCCGACGCCCUCGGAGCAGCAACAGUACGCCCUCAAAUGGAACGACUUCCAGUCCUCGAUUCUGUCCUCGUUCCGGCAUCUGCGGGAUGAGGAGGACUUUGUCGAUGUGACGAUUGCCUGCGAGCAGCGAUCGUUUACCGCACACAAGGUCGUCCUGAGCGCGUGUAGUCCCUACUUUCGCAAGCUGCUGAAAGCCAAUCCCUGUGAGCAUCCAAUUGUCAUCCUGCGUGACGUUCGGUCGGAGGACAUCGAGAGUUUGCUGAGAUUUAUGUACAACGGCGAGGUGCACAUCGGACAGGAUCAAUUAAGCGAUUUCCUCAAAACGGCACAAUUGCUCCAAGUGCGGGGGCUGGCAGAUGUGACGAAUCCGGGCCCGGGCCGAACGACGUCCAACAACUCCUCGAUGCUAAAUUCCUCCUCGUUAUCGACACCUGCUGUUCAGGAGCUGAAAGCAUCACCCACUUCUACUUCGUUACCAUGGGAGCCUCCAGAGGACAACCGAGGAAAUGCGCCGCCACCCCAGAAACGUACCAAGAGCUCCGAAUUGUACCGGAAACAGCAUGGCCUCAGCCCCGAUGAUCCGAUCCCAAUCGAGCACAUGCCCGUCGGACAACAUCCGCUGACCCGCGAUCGGGACCGUUCCAAGGAUAAGCAAAGUAGCAAAGAUUCCCUGCGUGAUUUCGAGCACCGAGACCGGGACCACCGGGACCGUAGCCUGGAACUGCGCGAUUCUCUCCUAGGUCAGGCGCUCGAGGGCGGCCCAACCCUAUCCGUGCCAUCUUCGGUAGGUGCCAACAAUCACAUCAGCAUCACCCCUGGAAAGCUUACGAACAACUCGAGCCAGGAUAAUCUUGAAAUGCGUUUUCCCAACGUGUUUUCCCAACAGAAACACCCGGAUCUGCUUUCGCUGCAGAACGUGGCCAACGGGGACGAUUCCAACAGUAGCGAUACCGGUGCCUCGGACCAUGGCGAUGACAUCGAGAGCAUGAACGAAAACGUCGAACACACCCGACCCUCGUUCCCGUUCCUGGGACUGCAAGGCAUCCCCGGUCUGAUACCGGGCCCCUCUGGCAUGCACGGGGACAACUUCGUUUCUCGCCGUUCUCUAGAAAUCCGUGUUCGUGCCACCGAUCCACGGCCAUGUCCAAAGUGCGGCAAGAUCUACCGUUCGGCUCACACCCUGCGUACCCAUCUGGAGGACAAGCACACGGUCUGCCCCGGCUAUCGAUGCGUACUGUGCGGAACCGUGGCCAAGUCCCGUAACUCGCUGCACUCGCACAUGUCCCGCCAGCAUCGUGGCAUCUCGACCAAGGACCUCCCGGUGCUGCCGAUGCCUAGUCCCUUCGAUCCCGAGCUGGCCUCGCGUCUCCUGGCCAAGGCCGGCGUCAAGAUUUCCCCUGCCGAACUGCGAGCCCGAGCAUCCCCGACCGGAACCCGACGAAACGAUGGCAUGAAGCUGGAACUGCGCUCCGGAGGUGAAGGCGAUGAUUUCGAUGAUCCCGAGGACCUCACGAUGUCCCAGCAGAGCGGCCACAGCGAGGCACAGCGUCGAUUCCACGAAAGCAUGUUGGGCAUGUCGCCAUCAAUUCCCUACGGUGAUCUUUCAGCGUUCAACCAUCCCAGCACCACGAUAACCCGCGUCAGGCAACCGGACGGGGGCAAGGGAGACGAUGGCCGCGUCGGUGGAAACGGUUCCGGACUGUCCGGCAUGGGUGGCGCCGAUCGACUGGGAGGCGGAGGCGGAAGCAGCGGCAAUCCGAUGCAACAGAACACCCCCACCGGAUCGGCCAUCCUGGACACGUACCUACAGUUCAUCACGGAGAAUGCUUUCGGCAUGGGUGGAAUGACCCCAGAGCAAGCGACAGCCGCCAUUCAGGCGGCCAAAUACGCCCAACUGAAGGCUAUGGGUCACAACCUGGAACAAUUACCGCCCGGAUUCCUGCCGCCACAGCUGGACAUCGCCAAACUGGCCGCCAGUGCUGGAGCAGAUCUUUCGUCGCUCGGCAAGCUGCAAUCGUCGCCCAAUGUAACGAUUGAACCAUCCGGCAACCGGGAUGACCGGCACCAGCAACAUUUGAGUGCCCAACAGAAGCUCCUAUCGCUGGCAGCCGGAAACGGAAACCACAACCUGAACAACAACUCGAUCCUGCACAAUGACUCGAUUCGGCGCGGCGAUUCCUCGGAACCCAUGGACCUGGGCCUGGAUGGACCGCAACACCACCAUGGCGGCAAUGACGAUGGCAACAGUUCCGGAGAUGAACGGAAUUUCUCCGAUGACGAGGGCGUCGGUACAAAUUAAUAAAAUCUUUGUGGAUUUUACGCGCAUGCCUCUGGUAGAAUAGCAUGUUUUAACUCAGGAAGAAGCACUCGAUUCGCCGUUGCGAUUCCAAUGCAAAUAAACAAAAACAAAACAAGUACUAAACGAAACACAAGAGUAAAUUCGUUGUGCCAUCCUUAAUUAAGUGAGUAUGAUAGUUGUCCUCGAAUAUCUGUACUGUAAAAAUCCAUCCAAAAUAGCAGAAGAGUGGAAUAUCGUCCUCAUCUCAUGCUAGAGAGCCUAGCCUAUCUAGGGCUAGGGAACGUCAAUACCUCAUCUUUAUUCCUCUAUUUUAUUGUCGAGAAUCCUAUAUCCAAUGAACUCUCGUGUAGCCGUUAAGAGCAGAAGAAGAAGAAACACAAACAAACACACUGCAAUCCGCAAUCGAAAUACCUCAGAGAUAGCAACAGCAUUUAAUUUAACAAAAGAAUAGCUCCUUUUAGAGAGAAAAAGAAAGCUAGGAAAACAGGAAAUGUUGUUCUACUUACCUAGUUGUAUAAGUAUACCUAUUUACAAACGCUAUACCGUUGAUUCACAACCUAUAAAUCCAGCAGUCUACCUCAACAAAUUACAAACAUAGUUAGAAAACCGUUACGAGAUUUUAAAAAGACACACGCAAGAGUAUACAAUUCCCACGUGGGGCUGGUCUAAAACAGAUGGAAACCAGAAUGCAGAAAAUUGCCCUUCAAAAAUCCUAAUUCACUAAAAGGCAUCCGACAAAAUGAGACCUCCAAAGUAAUUCAAAGCUUAUUACUCUUUCGAAUGGCAAUUUUUUGUAUGGCUUGAAAACUUUUCUUGAAUUCUACUCUUGACAAAAGCGAACCAGCCCUUCUGAAACUAAUACGACAAAAAAGCAUUGAUAUGUAUACUAAUCUCCUCGACAGAGAAUCAUACCGCACUCUGUAUACGCGCAAACGCUAUCCCGCUAUAAGGUUUUAUUGUUCAUUCAUUGAAGCACAAACUCAUCUCUAGAAAAAAACAAAAUUUUUGCAAAUUUUAAUGCAUGUCAGAGAAAAAACAAAAUAUACGAACUUUUAUCAGAGCAACAACCGAUAUACGAACAAUUUAAGCAAAACACACAUCAUCUAAACCGAAAGUAUACUUGACAUACGCAACUGACAUACAUAUGUUCUGUUUUCGAUCGGAAAACGUUAAACUUUUUUCAGGAUCCUGAUUAACUUUUGAUUUUUUGAGUUUUUCCUUCCCUCUACCAAUCUUGUUAUAAUCUAAACCAGCUAUACGACUCCUCUAUAUCAGAAAACUUGAUAGUAUACGUCAAAAGGGAAGAGAUAAAACAUCAAUACUUGUAUACCGAACGGAAUAAACAAACAAAAAUGACACGAAUACAUACGUGAAAUACCAACACCGUACACGAACAAAAUUAUACGAUUUUCGAUUUAAAAACGGAAAUAAGAAAAUAAAAAAAAAGCAAUGCUGAACCGAUACGAUAUCAAUUCAAGUAUACUUGCAUCAAUUUGCUAUACAGAAAAACUUUAGGUCAACGUCACAAAAGUUUUUCUUUUUUGUUACCCUUACGAGAUAACACCGCCUGGCACAAACAAACUAAACCUUGAAAUCUCACGAAUUGCUACAUUCAGUAGAAUCUCACCAUCAAUAGUUAGUCCAAAACAGAAUGAAUACUCAUUAAUUUUUAACGAAUCUCAACACAAAGUCCCAACUUUUUAAGGAGCAUUCUACAUGAACAGACGAAUGAAAACCAACCGGCAAUUUUGCCCAGUGUAGUUCAACCAAUAGAAACGAUAGAUUUGUUCAAUGAUCGAUACUCGAUACAAACACAAAUCCAGCAUUAUUCAACCGGAACGAAAUAUGUCGUUUUUUUUUAUUUAUGUCAAUUGUUAAACAACUGAAACGUAUUAUUAUUUGUUACUCAGAACUGUUAAAUACUUACUCAGGAUCACAGUGUUUUAGUGUAGAGAAUCGCUCUCAGGUUUUUUUCCCAAAAAAAAACAAACAAACAAAUCAACUUUAAACACUUCAGUGCAACACAACACGGGUAUAUUAUAAUUGUAUCAUUAGUUUUUUUGCCCCCCUCUUAAAAUAGUGAAGUUAAACAAUGUUUUGUUUUCAUUGAGAAAAAUGCGUUUUUUUCUCUCCCAUGUUAAAUAGUCUCUCCGAAAAGAAGGAACUAUCAACCAAUUUAAGUAAUGAUAACGGAAUAUGCGCAUCCGGAGGAAGUAAAGAAAGAAUCACAUUUAAUGUGUAUUUUUUCGUUAUGUUGAUUAUUUUCUCUUGUUUAGGUGAAAAUGACAAAAUAAAAUGUGUACAAACAUUACUAGAACUAAAAAUUUGUAACAUACAUAAACCCUAUAUCGAUAGAAGAAGAAGAAGCAAUAGCAUUCGAGCGAACAUCCGAAUACGACCAGUAUUCGAAAUCGCCGGUUGAGGAAUCUCAUUGCCUUUGGCAUCAAAAGAAAUUCGAAAAAGUCAAAAAAAAAUUAAGAAAAAAAACUCAGUUAUCUGUACUUAAAAAAAUCAGAAUCUUCCCCUUUUUCCACCCAGUAGGUACAUGUACAGCUUUCUUCCGAUUAUUGCUUCCCUCAAUUUUCGAUCAUUCAGCCAGAACUGAUCGUUCAAGAGAGAGAGAAAGAGUAUCUUAAAUCUAAAAUUGUAAAUAUAUAUAUUUCUUAUUUCAAACACACAAACAAACAACAAAAAACCUUAGAUCAUUAGUAGACGAUUUUAGGAUUUAGCACAAAGUUAGAGCGAUCGUUGAGUAGCUUAGCCAGUGUAAGCCCUCAAAACCUGAUGAGCGUGGAGAUGAUGAUUAUAAGAAGUAAGAAAAAAAACAUAUUUUACAGCAGAAGCAGCAUAUAGAUUUCUUGAGCGCGAAUUGAACAAGAGAUCUCCCCAGGAGAUGAGAAAAUAAUAGCUAAAUUUUACCGAUUUAAGCCGGAGAAAAGAAAACACAAACAAAGUUAUGAGUUUUGAUAUGUACGUUUACGUUUUUUGGUUUCUUCUUGAAAGUUGAACCAACGCACCCACGCUUUUGAUGUUUUACUGCCACUCGAAAUAUGGUUCAAAUCAAAAUUAUGUAAAGAAAAAAGAGAAAAAUUCAAUGAAUUUUGUUAGUAAUUAUUAUUAUUACCUAUCAUUACUAUUAUCUAUUAUUGCUAUCAAUACGUUGUACUUAUUUGGUUCGAUUGUCUAAAAGAAAAAUGUUUUCCGUUUCGCGAUAACAUUGGCUAUUUAUUUGCGUCGAACGAUUCGACGGUUGAGUUUAUGGUACACAAAAUUAAGAGAGAAAAAAAACAAACCUUGGAGAAAAUCUAUUCGAAGUAAAUGCACACAGCGGCAGCACACAGUUGUUAAAUAUUAAUUACUGGAAAAAAAAGAAACCCUAUUACAAUAUUAUUAUUCUAUUAAAUGUGUGAUAGACUUAAUCUAUUAUAUGCAAGAAACAGAGAGAAACACUGAACGCGAAAUGCUAAACAAAAAAAGAACACAAAGCGGUAAUGAACAAACGAAAAGUUGCAUACAAUUAUGGUUAAACUAAGUAGUAGUUAACGAAAUUAUGGUGAAGAAUUAGAUGCGCAAAUGCAAGAAACAAUAUUUAAAGAAAAUCAGAAAAAAAAAAGUUUGAUUAGCAACGCUACCACUCUCGUAGUUUGUAAGAUAUAUUUUCUAUUUUUUUUAGUUUUAACUAUUAUAAUUCAACCAUUAUCAAGAUUUAUAUAUGAUUUUUUCAGAGAAAAAAUAUAUUUAAAAAAAUUCUU